GUGCGAGCUCGCCCGGGAAUAAAUAGCAUCCACCCCGAGCAGGGCUGCUGCUCCAUUGCUGGUUACCUGAGCCGGGAAACCACGUGAGUGCCACAUCAGCGGCGCUUUUUAGAUUGAAAGUCACAGAAAGGAAACAGGAACCGGAGAAGCGGCUGGGGCCGGCCGGCGUGUAGCUUUGGGAGGGCGGACAGGGACUGGGGCGGGCCGCUGGCAAGUCCAUGUCCCCGGGGGUUCGUUAAUCCCCCGGGGCGAGCCUCAUCCUCGCCGCUGGCCUGGAGGCUGCUGCGGAGCGAGCCCGGCAGCCCGGCCCGCAGGCGCGGGUUCAGCGAGGCGGCUCCCUCCCUGCCGCGCGUUUCCACGGGGCGCGUGGCCAGCUCUGUCUGCGGCGGCGGGAGCUGCAGGGCGGCGGCGGGGGAAGAUGCUGCAGUCCCUGGCCGGCUGCUCCUGCGUGCGGCUGGUGGAGAGGCACCGCUCCGCCUGGUGCUUCGCCUUCCUGGUGCUGGGCUACCUGCUCUACCUGGUCUUCGGCGCCGUGGUCUUCUCCUCGGUGGAGCUGCCCUACGAGGACCUGCUGCGCCAGGAGCUGCGCAAGCUGAAGCGGCGCUUCCUAGAGGAGCACGAGUGCCUGUCGGAGCAGCAGCUGGAGCAGUUCCUGCGGCGGGUGCUGGAGGCCAGCAACUACGGCGUGUCCGUGCUGGGCAACGCCUCGGGCAACUGGAACUGGGACUUCACCUCCGCGCUCUUCUUCGCCAGCACCGUGCUCUCCACCACGGGUUACGGUCACACUGUGCCUUUGUCGGAUGGAGGAAAGGCCUUCUGUAUUAUAUACUCCGUCAUCGGAAUCCCCUUUACGCUGCUUUUCCUGACUGCUGUGGUGCAGCGUAUCAUAGUCUAUGUCACCAGACGGCCUGUAUUGUAUUUCCACAUUCGCUGGGGCUUCUCCAAGCAGAUUGUUGCCAUCAUCCACGCAGUGAUUCUUGGGUUUGUUACCGUCUCAUGCUUUUUCUUUAUCCCGGCAGCAGUAUUUUCUGUUAUGGAAGAUGACUGGAACUUUUUGGAAUCUUUUUACUUUUGUUUCAUUUCCCUGAGCACCAUUGGUCUUGGAGACUAUGUUCCAGGAGAAGGUUACAAUCAAAAAUUCAGAGAGCUGUAUAAGAUAGGAAUUACGUGUUAUCUGUUGCUGGGCCUCAUUGCAAUGUUGGUGGUUCUAGAAACUUUCUGUGAACUUCGUGAGCUCAAAAGGUUUAGAAAAAUGUUUUAUGUGAAGAAGGACAAGGAAGAGGACCAAGUGCAUAUAGUGGAACAUGACCAGCUUUCCUUCUCUUCAAUUUCGGACCAAGCAGCUUCCAUGAAGGAGGAUGAAAAAGCAAACGAGCCUUUUGUGACUGUUCAACCUGCAACUUAUUAUGAUGGCUGUAUAAACAAUUAAUACAAGGGCAUCCAUACCAAUAUUAUAGUGCACUUACAUCAUUACCGUAAGAAAUAGAAUGCCUCUUUAUUUUUUGUGGGGGAAAAUUUUUAUGAAAGAAAGGAGACUGUGCUGCUUUAAUAAGUAUUCAUCAUUUCAGAUGUUGAAAAGACUUCUGACACAAAUCAAUGUUGCUAAAAUGGAGCUACACUGGGAGAGUGGGAGGAUUUGUAGCAGCUGGUGGGGUAUCCCUGGGAGGCAUUAUGCCUGAAGAGACAAGGAGGAAGCAUAAUGCCCCACUGGCAGCUCCCUGCAACACCCUUGGGAUGGGUGUAAUCUGCUCUCCUUCAGUGUAGCCUUAUAGCUACUGGCUGGUGUGCAGGGAAGUAGUGCCUUAUGCACACCCCUGUCCAGUUACCAGCCCUAUGGGCAGUGUGCAUUGACAGUAGAGGUGGCCAGCCUCUCCACCAUGCUUCUGCAGUGGGAUCCUGCCCCAUUAAAGUCCGCAAUGAUAGAUAUGCUUUCGGGUUAGAUGCAGGAAGCAUUGCGUGAAAUUCGACAGCCUGUGUUAUGCUGGCAGUUGGACUAAAUGAUGAUAGUGGUCUCUUCGGGCCUUAAAAUCUGUGCUAUGAGAGUUUUACAACUGAUUUCUAUGGGCAUAGGAUCUGGAUCCUGUAGCACAAGUCGCCAUAUUAAGACUGCCUCCCACGUAAGAGCAGUGCUAGGGAAAGCCCUCUCCCCUGCAGUGCAUGCAUGCCAGAUGGGCCAUAACUUGGCUUUUAGUGUUCAAAGAUGAAUAUCUUACUGUAAUAAAGCAGCAAAAUGAAAGUGUCUAGACUUAGCUGACAUGAGAAGAAUACUUGAAAUUAAUUACCUAAAAGAUACCAUAUGUGAGUUUAGUUAUAGCUAGUGUUGAACAGAUUUUAUACCUUUUUGGGGAAACUUUACUUUAUGGUUAAAUCUGUUAAAUCUAUAUGACUAAAACUUAUAUUUAAGAAAAACGAGCUAAAGAUUUUUUUUGUUAGGUUGAAGCAUACUGUGUUUGCAUGUUCCCAACAAAGUGGCUAUUUUUGUACAGCCAAAGUUAAAACACCUCUAUUUAUAAUGAACGUUUAACUAGUAUAUGUGUACAUAUAUAUACAUAAAUAAAUAUAUUUAUAUACUGUACAUAUAUUGUAGCCCACUAGAGUUUAACCGAUUUAGGAAUGAUAUUUUAGGUAGAUUCCCCCCUCCCCCCCACCAGAUUUCUCUUUAUAAAAGGAAAAACUCAAAAUUGCAGCACUAAAAAUGUUGACUUUAAGAUUUAAGAGUAGUGUACAAGGAACAUUUCUACUGUCUUUCAGUGACGUUUUUGAAGUUGAUUGAUUGUCUUCAGUACUUGAAAACACACGAUUUCUGUCAAUUUGAAUGUAUUGCUAAACUCUGAAGAACAUGACAUGCAUAGAAACAGUGAUAUUCAGUGUGUGCACAAAUUGCAAAAUACAGACACUUGAUACUAAAGCACAGAAUUAAAAAUAGAAGAAACAAGCUGAACAGUUUACUGUGGUGUCUGUAAAUAUACAAUACUGUAUUUUAAACUUAAGGGUAAAUAAAAAAAAGUGUGUAGCUUC